AACAGUUACCUUUCCAUUAAUUUUCCUUUACACAUUUCCAAUCAAUUUUUCUAAAAUGCUACACUGAAAACCACUAAAUAGUUAUGGUAUAUAGCUAUCAUCAGCUACCUACCUACCUAGCUAGUUUAGCUAUCUCAUUCAUUAACUCAAGAACUAUUAUACAUACAACAUUAUAUAAUACCUAUACCAUAUAAUCUGAGCAGAGCAGAGAAUAGAACAAAAAGGAGUUUAAUUAAAAACACGACCAAAAUAAUGGCUUAUUUCUUCGAAUAUCUGAGCUUUGUUUAUGUCCACCUCUCUUUCUGGGACAUAGCUAUUGCCUUUCUGGGGCUAUUUAUUUUCACCUGUUUUGUUCAGAAAAUGACCAACAAAGGUCCAAUGUUAUGGCCUGUCAUUGGGAUAAUACCCUCUUUAGUCAUCAACAUCAACAACAUCUACCAUUGGAUCACCAUUGCUUUGAUCAAAGCUAAAGGCACUUUUCCCUAUAAGGGAGUGUGGAUGGGAAGAGCUUAUGGAAUUGUCACCGUUGAUCCAUCAAAGAUCGAAUACAUACUCAAAACAAGAAGCAAAAACUUCCCAAAAGGCAAGUAUUAUAAAGAAAGGUUUCUUGAUUUGCUUGGUGAUGGUAUUUUUAAUGCAGAUGACGAGUUAUGGCUUCACCAAAGAAGAGUCGCUACUAUAGAGAUGCAUUCGAGUCGUUUCGUGAAAUACUCACUUAAGGCAAUGCAGGAUUUGGUACAAAACAAACUUUUGAAGGUGAUUAAAGGACAUAAUAAUAUCAUUGACCUUCAAGAAUUGCUUCUUCGUUUUACCUUUGAUAAUAUAUGUGCUGCUGCUCUUGGAGUUGAUUCAGGGUGUUUGGCUCUAGAAUUACCACAAGUACCCUUUGCUAAGGCCUUUGAAGAAGCUACAGAGUGUACUCUGUUUAGAUUUUUGGUACCAUAUUUUGUAUGGAAGCCUAUGAAGUUGUUGGGACUUGGUUUCGAGAAAAGGCUUAAAGAAGCAACCAAAUUCGUCCAUGAAUUUGCUGAUAAGAUUGUUAUGGAUCGAAGGAAUGAGCUCGUUGAGCAAGGAAACUUGGAUGGUCGUUCUGAUCUCUUGUCAAGGCUUAUGAUCAUGGACAAUAUCAUCAAUACUACUAAACAGAAUGAACAGAGUUUUUUCUCUAACAAGCUAUUGAGAGACUUUUGUAUAAGUUUCAUCUUGGCCGGGCGUGACACGAGCUCGGUGGGGUUGGCUUGGUUCUUUUGGUUACUACAUAAAAACCCAAAAAUCGAAAACAAAAUCCUUGAAGAAAUCAAUGAGAUUUUGUCAAGGCGCGAGUCCAAAGAAGAAGAGAUAGUUUUUACAAUGGAAGAAUUAAAGCAAAUGGUGUAUCUUCAAGCAGCUUUGACAGAGUCCUUAAGGCUAUACCCUCCUGUACCAAUUGAUAUCAAAGAGGUUAUAAACGACGACGUUUUCCCUGAUGGAACAGUGAUUGAAAAGGGUGCUAAGGUUCUUUACUCCAUAUUCUCAAUGGCUCGAAUGGAGUGGAUAUGGGGAAAAGACUGCAUGGAGUUUAAGCCAGAAAGAUGGAUCCAAAAUAAUGGUCAGUUGGUGAACGAGAGCCAAUUCAAGUAUGCAGUUUUCAAUGGUGGUCCGAGGUUGUGUCUAGGAAAAACAUUUGCUUACAUGCAGAUGAAAAUGGUGGCCGCUGCUAUACUACUGAGGUACCAAGUUAAGGUUAUGGAAGGUCAGAAUGUUGUCCCAAAACUCACAACUACUCUUUACAUGAGAAAUGGUUUGUUAGUGAGUUUCAAGCCUAGGUUGGCCAACUCUGCUGUGUGACUCGUUCUGAUUCACACUCCUCAACUUCGAUCUAUAUCCAUCUAUAUAUAUUAUUAUCUCUUAUAAAUGUUAUUGUGGUAUUAUAAUAAUCUGCUUGAUGGACCAAAUUGUUUACUAUGUUGAGUAGUAUGAAGCUUCUAUAAGCUAGUGCAUGUAUUCAAACCAAUUAAGUUUGUGAUUAACAAAAAUGUUUAGUCUAUGAGGGAAGAUUAUUAUGUA